CAUCCUUUGAAAAACAUUUACCAUGAGUUCGACUUGGCUAGCUCUCUUGUGCUUGGGUGCUCUAUUUCUGUUAAUAAUACCAAGCUACGGACAAGGCCCGGGAGAUGAAUGCGAAUAUGAAUGGGACAUUUGCGUCAACAAUUCCGAAUGUAACCCCUACGCUGGGAUAUGUGUGGCAGAUGUUCCAGUAGCUACAAGACCUUUUGUCUGGAUAGGUGACGACCCAGUUUGUGAUCGGCAAACCACUGACUGCCAGACCUACUUUGAUCUUGACUAUGAUGUUAGCCAUCCCCAAGGAGAGUUCUCUACUGGUUGGUGUGCAUCGGGUACAAAACACAGAUGUCUAUCCAAGGUACCUCCCCCGCUUGGUGCCCCCUCCCCCGCCAACCAGCUACAGGUUGUGACAUAUAACGUAGCCGAGAGAGAUCAUUCCGUAAGUAUGGAUGGUCAACGUGAGCGCACUUGUCGAAUACCUAGGAAGUUGGUGGAACUAUUUCCUGAAGCGGAUGUGUUUGUCUUCCAAGAGGCGUUUAUGGGCGGUUGUUGGGACAGCCUGGAGGGUCUUGAUUUUAGGGAUCUGUUAUUCCACAAUGGCUUUCAACAUAUUACAGAAACCGUAGAUUUCGAGAUUGAUGACCCAACCAUUGAAAAUGGCGGAAUUUUCGUAGCUUCACGAUGGCCUAUUAUGGCCAUAGAACAGCACAUUUUCGAAAAUUAUGUCGAUAUAGAAGCCGACUCUCUGGCUGCCAAAGGUAUAGGUUAUGCCCAAAUUGAGAAAACAGUCAACGAUGUGUCAAGAAUUUAUAACAUAUUUGGAACGCACAUGCAGGCUUGGGAUGAUACUGAAGAGUAUGACACUGUACGUGAGCAGCAAGCCCAAGAGAUGUUUGAUUUUGCAGCGGGACUCGGCAUCAGCGCUUCCGAGCCUGUCAUCUUUUCCGGCGAUUUCAACGCAGAUAGAAACGUCAAACCCGGUCACAUGGCUAACAUCGCUGCGAUUCUCCAAUCCACGCAGCCAGCCACCGUUGGAGCUCUCAAUGUCACGUAUGAUCCCCAGACGAAUGAUUUCGUCAAUGCGGCAUACCCAAAUAACCCUCGUUCCUGGCUCGAUUACGUCAUCUACAGUAACAACCAUCUUGUACCCUCUCAGUCCAGUAUGCAGGCCGUGGCUAUCACCUCAGACCAACCUGUAACUAUGUGCUGGUGUUUCAACUGCCCUUCUUUAAUCGGUGACUACGUCUUCCCCAAUGACCCAGAUUGCGCUGAAACCAAACAGUUGACCCAUCUCUCCGAUCACCACGCCGUAUUGGGACAAUUCACCUUUCCUUGAACGUGAUUAACUUGCUAUAUUUUUGUAAAUUUAAUGGAGAACGAAUUAGAUAUUUAAACAUACAAAA